AUGCUAUAUUUAACUAAAGUUAUUAGCAACGCUUGUUUAGCCGUAAUAAAUUGCGGCUUAUGCUUAUCCUCAACAAAUUUAGCUAGAAAAAUGAUAGUUGAUGAUUUCAAAUUAUGCCCAGUAGGAUAUAGAGGGUGUGAUAAAGAAAAAUGGUACUUUUCAAUGUUUUAUUUUAUAUUAUAUAUGAGUUCCUUUUUUGGAUGUUUUACUUCUCUAUUUUUUAAAAAUACGGACAGAAGAAAAUUUAUUAUAAUAAUCCAUUACUUAUUCAUUAUUGGAAGUUUGUUAACAAUUUACAAUACUCCUCAUAUUAUUAUAUUUUUAUUUUCUCAAGCAUUUUUUGGGUUAGCUAUUGGAUGUUCAGUUGUUAUUGUUUGUUUUUAUGUACUAGAAUAUUCACCAAAAAUAUAUCAGAAUUUUUAUGGAUUCUACAUUCAAACUUUUUUUUCUAUUGGAAUAUUAAUUAGUUAUAUAUUUGGUGCUUGUUAUGAGAAUAUAAAAUUUCAAAAUCCACGAACAACAGACUUGGUUAUUAAAAUAUUAUAUAAGGUACACUUAUGUUUACCUAUGAUAUUUAGUCUCAUAUCUUUAAUACUUUUACAUUUUGUAUUUAAAUUGGAUACCCCAUUACAUUUAUAUGUAACAAAAAAUUAUGAAAAAUUUGAAAAAUUAAAAACGAAAAUAAAUGUGAAAGAAUUUGAUGAAAAAAAAGAAUAUCAUAUGAAUCCUGCCACCAAUGAUGUAACAUUAUUAUAUAAGGACUUACCACUUAUUGAUUUUUUGAAAAACAAAAAUUUACGAAAAGCAUCUUUUACUGGAAGCUUUUUAUGUUAUUUGUAUUCAUUUAAUGGCUGCUUUUUAUUCUUUACAAAAAUAUUCCUAUUUUACAGAUUAUUUUCAUCUACAAUGUUAAACACAUUUAUAUCUGUAGGAUUUAUUUUAUUGUAUGUGAUUUCUACAAUAAUAUCUACCUUUCUAGCAGAACAUGUUCAAAAAAAAAAAUUAUUAAUCAUAGGAUUGGUGGUGCAAGGUUUAGCAUCUGCUGGUUUAGUUAUAACUUAUUUUUUAUCUUUAGAAAACUUUUUAAAUCAAAUUAUUGUAACUUUAUCCUAUGCUACUUAUUUCAUUGGAUUAUCAUUAGGGUUUGGGCAUAUGAUAUGGACUCACGUUUUUGAGAUGUUUCCAAAAGAAUGUAAAGUUGUAGGAGCACUUUGUUCAUACUACCCUCUUUUUAUAGGUGCUUUUAUAAUAUCAUUUAUAUUUGAAUUUGCUAGCAAACAAGAUUAUGCCUAUUUAUUUAUUAUAUUCUUAGUAUCAAUUAUUGUGUCUAUUAUAUGUUUUAACUCCUUUUAUAAGGAAGAUAAAGAACUUAUAGCUAAAAAAAGUUCUAAUAAGAAAUAA